AUGGAGCUGCUUUGUACUGUUAAUAGCUUGGCAGCCGUGCAACUGCAGAGCAAACGAGUGUGUAGGAGCCUCCUGAUGAAGCAGAAGAAAUUCCUCUACAACUUCAAGAACCUGCGCUGGGCCCGGGGCCGGCAUGAGACCUAUCUCUGCUACGUGGUGAAGCGCCGGGACAGCGCCACCUCCUUCUCACUGGACUUUGGAUACCUGCGCAAUAAAUCGGGUUGCCAUGUGGAGAUGCUCUUCCUGCGCUACAUCUCUGCUUGGGACCUGGACCCAGGACGCUGCUACCGAGUCACCUGGUUCACUUCAUGGAGCCCUUGCUAUGACUGUGCCCGGCAUGUGGCUGACUUCCUGCGUGCUUACCCCAACCUGACACUGCGCAUCUUCGCCGCCCGGCUGUACUUCUGUGAGGACCGCAAUGCUGAGCCCGAGGGGCUGAGACGUCUGCACCGGGCUGGGGUCCAGAUCGCCAUCAUGACCUUCAAAGAUUACUUCUACUGCUGGAACACCUUCGUGGAGAACCGGGAGAGGACCUUUAAAGCCUGGGAGGGGCUGCAUGAAAACUCUGUCCGUCUGUCAAGGAGACUCCGGCGGAUCCUCUUGCCGCUGGAUGAGGUGGAUGACUUACGAGAUGCCUUCAAAAUCCUGGGACUUUGA